AUGGGCAUUGAUCUGGCCACGCUGUUGGCCAUGCCGCCCGAGUGUUUGCUAAACUUCGACGAAUCUGGUUGGAAACUAGUCGCAGAGAACUACACGGCACAUUGCCCGCAAGAUGCAGAAAAUGCGUAUUGUGCCAGCGCGAAUAAUUCCAAGGACACAUUCACCGUGAUGUUCGGAGGAAACACGAAGGGGGAAAUCGCUCCGCUGUUGAUGAUUCUGUAUCCAGGUCAACGAAACACGGCCGAAAUCGCCGAGAACACGCCAGCUGGAUGCCGGUUGAUUACAAAUUUCUCGAAGAAUUGUGAACCGGAAACGGUGUCUACCGAUCCACCACCGAAGUACGAGUGUAACCAGGAACCGGAAAAUCUGUACAAGGAUCAGCUUGGGUACAUCGAGGCAGGUCUGGAAUCGGAUCAAGUGGAAAGAUUUACCGACAACCGGUAUGAAGAGCACUGGUUCGGACCAAUUGAAGAACUCGCCUUGUUCAACUUUUGGAAGAGGUUCAAGGACAUGUCUGAAGGACUUUUGCCCACAGACCCGCUUACGCACUACCAAGUCCUUCGAGUCAAGAGUUUUGAUGAGGGCGAAUGCAUCCCGUCUGACAACGCUGCGAACGAAAGCACUUUGACAUCUACAUCCGUCGAGAAUAACGAAGUUGCGAGCAACGAUGUUGAACAACAAACAGCAGCGGAAUGUUCAGGCUCGGAAUUCGACGACAGUCUGCUGCGUGACAUCAAGAAUCUGCCGCCGGAGGUUGAUGCAUUUGAGGACACUCUGAUGUGGCCCAGAAUCGACGACAAAAAGCCCGGAACAUCUCGCAAGAAGAAGGAACACGUUCCUGCUGUGGCUUCCAGCGAACGGUGGACGAAGUGCUAUAAGGACAAAGAGGCAGUUAGGACCCAAAAACAGGAAGAAGUCAGAUUGCGACAGGAAGAGAGGCUAAAAGCCCAAGCGGAGAAACAGGAAGCAGUUAGAUUGAGAAAAGAGGAAAGAGAGAAGGCUAAGUUGAAGAGAGAGGCAGAGAAAGCUUUGAAGCAACAGGAGAAAGCGGAGAAACGUAAAGCAAAGAAAAAGGUUCUGAGGGCUUGA